UCUUGGUGUUGAAUCCCAAACCGGCUCCGCCAUGGGACUAGAGGAUGAACGAAAGAUGCUCACUGGCUCCGGAGACCCCAAAGAGGAAGAAGAGGAAGAAUUAGUGGACCCCCUGACAACAGUGAGAGAGCACUGUGAGCAGUUGGAGAAGUGUGUAAAAGCCCGGGAACGACUAGAGUCGUGUGAUAGGCGCGUGUCUUCCCGAUCACAGACAGAAGAGGAUUGUACAGAGGAGCUCUUUGACUUCCUGCAUGCACGGGAUCACUGUGUGGCCCACAAACUCUUCAAAAGCUUGAAGUAAACAUGCAGAGUCGCUUGCCUCAGCCUCGUCACUGGGAAUCGGAACAGCUUGCUGUGCUUUUGAACAUUUGUUUCUAACGUAGGAAGUUCUUGAGAACCUCCUUGAUUUUGGCAAGUAGCUUCUCUUCUGUGAAGUUAGCAGAGAUUCCACCUCAAUAAACUCAUCCGCAAACUUGCUACUUGUCCUUCCUUUGCUGUAGCCCUACUUUAUUAUUAUAUUUUAAAUAUUAAAAAUUUUUUUCUCCAUAAAA